AUGACCACUACUGACCAAAGUGAGUUGGGGAGCAUGCGAGGGAAAAAGGGUGUUGCAACCACCGUUGAUGUCACUGCCUGCCAGACGCUCAAAAACGAAAAACACGCUCAGGGUGGGGCAGAGUUGUAUACGACGCAGAACCCAGCGGCUUGCACGGAUAAAACAUCUGGAGUACCAAUUUGCAAAUGCGUGACGACUGAAGAGAAGGUGCCUACUGGGCCAGGUUCUCGUGAUGGCGCACUUUUACGUACGCCCAGUAACAAGAAGGAAUAUAAUUUGAAAACGCGGGCAUCGUUGUCCAAACAGGCGGGAUUACCAGAGCCCUUUGAAAAUAAUGAUCGUUCACAUUUGUUGCCCAAAAAUGUGCGAAGGGGAGAGGCGGCAUCUGUGCAGCAACUGCCGCCGCCACGGCAACCUGCAAAAAAGGCGACAACCUGCAAGAAAUUUAUCGAUGCUGAUAGUAAACAAACUGGUUUUUAUCAAAGGAAAGAUAUUCAGCGAGAGUCUUUUGGUAGACAGAAGAAAACCACUGAAGAAACUACGCCGCCUUAUGAAGGAAGUUACCGUAUUCCCCAUAAGGUGGCGGCUCAGCGUGUUUUAUUCCCUUUGGAUGCUCCACAUACUGCGAUGAACAAUAACCUGGAGCAAAGACCUAUUGGCAACGGCCGCAGUCAUUCAAAUAAUUCUCUGCGGCAUGACUCCGGACACACCACACGGUGUGUUGCGGCGGCCGACAACAAUACGCUUGUAAAUAAAUUGUUGAACUCAAAGAAACACUUGCAAAGUGAGUUUCCAAUUUCUAUGGGCAACGAACAACAGGGCAUAAACAGUUAUGGGGCUUUAAGCGAACCUUGUGAAUCAGGUGACUUGCAGCUCAACGUCAAGUUACCCAGUCCCAUGUUGGUGUCACUCCUUGGGGCAGGAGGAUGUCGCCGGCGGAAACGUAUAAAAGUGGUGAGUUGUUAUAUUCUUGGCCCUCUCCUUGGGGAAGGCGUGUUUGGGGUCGUCCGUGAUGCCAUUGAUACCUCCGCUAAUGGUGUCUUUCCACCAUGUUUUCAGCGCGUGGCAAUCAAAAGCUACAAGUAUCGCAGAUCAUCUGCGCCAAUGUUGGUUCCCACGUUUGACCCUGUGGUGGGCUCCUGCUCCGCCGCAGCUUCUCCACUAAGGGUUGGGAAUUUUACCAUUUCCGAAGCUCAAAAACGUGAAGAUUUAAAGAUGCGUCGACUGCUAGAAAGUGAGGCUUGUAAUCUACAACGAUUCCAUUGCCCCAAUAUUAUUCGCAGCAAAGACAUUUUUACACGGGAUGGAAAAGACUUUGUCGUUCUCCCCAUUGCCGUUUGCAACUUGGAUCAACUGGUGAAGGAAACCGUUCGAUAUGGGUUUCGCCACGGACAAGGUGUGUACAGUCCGAAUAACUCCGCCCCUGUUUCCCAACAAGAACGGAGAAAUAGUCCUUUGGGUAAAAGCUUCGAGUCCGACAUGACAUUUGACGUUGCGUGCGCAAGUCACAUGAGCCUAGAUGAAAAUGAGGUGAACCUACUGAGUUCUACGAUGAAUGAAACCGCUGCUCCUUUAUUCUCCGCUGAGUUCAUACGGAGCAUCAUGUACCAGCUGCUAAACGGAGUUGCGUACCUGCAUAACCAAGGCCUCGCCCAUAAUGACUUAAAACCGAAGAAUAUUCUUAUUUUUGCCAACGGAGAGUUAAAAAUUUCCGAUCUUGCCGGCGUUUUCGAGGAGUACAAUGAUCAUGGCACCCCAAUGUAUGUUUCUCCGGAGAUCUGCAAGUAUUUUUACUGCGCUGGGGAUGCGGAGGAUGAUAAAAAGGUGGUUAAAGUCGAUGCACUCAAAAACGACAUGUGGAGCUGUGGGGUGAUUCUAUACUAUCUCCUUACGGGGAGGCCACUCUGGCGUCCUCACUCCGAUACCCGUAACAAGUAUCAACUGUACCGCGAGAUUGCCUCACAAGAAUCUCAAAUCAAUCUGGACCAUGUUCCUGAGCCAAGAGAAUCAACAGCAAUGACAACACCACCGACGACGGUGGAGGAUCCGUUAGUGAAGACUAACAUGAAACCAGAACACAGUACGGUGGAGGGGGUUUCACCCUCGAGUCUGCGUCACUUGUUAAGCAGCUUGCUGAAUAUUGACCCUGCCGUGCGUCUUUCGGCGAAAGAGGCUAUUGAGCAUCCAUCUAUACGAGCACUGUCGUUGGGAGGAGAUUCUGCCACGCAUAUAAAUAACGUGGCGCAACGUGAAGUGGUUUCUUGUCUAUUAGAAACACCUCAUCUUCAGGUGCUUAUUAAGCGGGAUUGGGAGGAGCACCUGCAGUUUGUGGCUGAGUGCUGUAGUAUGCUGAACAUUAGUCUACCCAGAGAGAUAUUUCUUCCAGAUAGUGAAGAGGGUGAUUGUGAGAAUAAAUCGUUUGAGAAUACGGAUGGUGGUGCGGCGCAGCCUACCACUUUUCCUUCACCGAGGGGAACUGUUGACAGGCGUCUUUUUCCCAUAGCGGCGGAUUAUCACUACUAUCAGCUUAAUUUGGGUAAACCUGAACAUGACCUACAGUUUAUUUUUUAUUCUUCUGUAAAGGUGAAUAUGCUGCGGGAUUAUCUAUUUGACAAAGUACUCGUGGAGUGUGGAUACCGCAGCGCCGAGGAAGCUGAAGCGAAACUUGCACAAAAUCUACAGCACAAACAACGGAAGCUAGUUGCUGCAGAGAAAAUGGCAUUGUUACAAGUGACCGAGGCACACAGUUCACAACAUCCAGGCAACCACAGAAACAUUGAAAGUGACCACUGCUCUAAGUGUCUCUGCGGUCUCAUGUAG